UCGAGUCAGUAAGUUUGUCAGUCAGGGGUUAGAGUCUAAGUGGUGAGGUUUGGAACCGGUAAUCCGGUUGUGCACUAAUCACCAUGGUUGACACCCGUAGUGGGAAGAGCACUAGCCCCUAUACCCAGGCUCAACAAAAGCAGAUGGCCGCCUUAGUGAAAGAGAAUAGAGAGAGGAAGGAGCUCCUGAAGCAAGCGAAAUUGAAAGCAAUCGUAGAGGAGCAGGCGGCGAAAAUGAAGAAACUAGAGGAGGAGAUGGAGGAGAAGAAAAAGGCUGCCGAGGAAGAAGCGGCAGCAGAAGCAAAAGACGAGAGAAGACGCAGGGAAGAGAAAGGGGAGAGUAGUGGCACGGCGAAUGAGGAUGCAAAGAUGGAGACGAAGACCAGUGAGUGGAUCGCUAAUUUAUCGUUGGGGGAAGAUGAGGAGGCACAGUUGUAUGUGCCACAAAAGGAGAAGGAGGCGUUUGCCAGGGCACUAGCAACAAUUGAUGACCCCCUGGAACGACAAGAGGUCGAGGAAGAGAAGAAGCUGGAGUGGAAGUUGAGGAUGAAGAGGGAAAAGAAGAGAAGAAGGGAGGAAGUUAAUCGGUUGACCACAGAGGUGGAGAAAGUGAGGGCAUGUAGACAAGAAGUGCACGCACAGACAGAUGUCUCGGCCAAGAUGGAUAAGAUGCUGGGGUACUCGGAGGUAUUGAGUGAGGCUUGGCUGGAAGAGCGCCAAGCCAACUGGGGUCACGAUGUGGCCCUGAGUGCCAUGCGGUCAGGAUUUCGCGACUUUGCGCGCGACUUGGUUACCCACGUUGGGACCGAAGUUAGGCGGUUGAAAGAUAGUGUGGGGAAGGCGCCAUUGAGGGUGCCAAGGCAAUAGCCACCGUCGAAAGCGAGGCCAGACCCCGCAAGAACCCCGUUAAGCGUAGAUUCCCAGAU